AUUCAGACCGGCCAGUGCGGGAACCAGAUCGGUGCCAAGUUCUGGGAGGUGAUCAGUGAUGAACAUGGCAUCGAUCCCACCGGCUCCUACCAGGGAGAUGGCGACCUACAACUGGAGAGAAUCAAUGUCUACUAUAACGAGGCGGCAGCUUCACUGUGUCACGCAGUGGGGUCUAUUUCUCAUUUGUUUUUAGUUUUUUUAAUCCUUGCCACUCUGCUCAAUGGUGACGUCAGAUGCUGCCCAACCACCCAGUAACAGAGUUAAUGUGGCGUUAGCAAGUACGUACCCCGAGCCAUUCUGGUGGAUUUGGAGCCUGGCACAAUGGAUUCUGUCAGAUCUGGGCCUUUUGGGCAGAUUUUCAGACCUGAUAACUUUGUAUUCGGCCAGAGCGGUGCAGGCAACAACUGGGCCAAAGGCCAUUACACGGAAGGAGCUGAGCUGGUGGACUCCGUGCUGGACGUAGUCAGGAAAGAAGCUGAGAGCUGCGACUGUCUACAGGGCUUCCAGCUCACCCAUUCGUUGGGUGGAGGCACCGGCUCCGGCAUGGGCACACUGCUCAUCAGCAAGAUCCGUGAGGAGUACCCCGACCGCAUCAUGAACACCUUCAGCGUCAUGCCUUCCCCUAAGGUGUCGGAUACGGUGGUGGAACCCUACAACGCCACCCUCUCCGUCCACCAGCUGGUGGAGAACACGGACGAGACCUACUCCAUCGACAAUGAAGCCCUGUAUGACAUCUGCUUCCGCACGCUGAAGCUCACCACCCCAACCUACGGCGACCUCAACCACUUGGUGUCGGCCACCAUGAGCGGGGUGACCACCUGCCUGCGCUUCCCGGGGCAGCUGAACACCGACCUGCGCAAGCUGGCCGUCAACAUGGUGCCCUUCCCCCGCCUCCACUUCUUCAUGCCAGGCUUUGCACCACUGACCAGCCGCGGGAGUCAGCAGUACCGAGCCCUCAGCGUGCCCGAGCUGACCCAGCAGAUGUUUGACGCCAAAAACAUGAUGGCGGCCUGCGACCCCCGCCACGGCCGCUACCUCACCGUGGCCGCCAUCUUCCGGGGGAGGAUGUCCAUGAAGGAGGUGGACGAGCAGAUGCUGAACAUCCAGAACAAGAACAGCAGCUACUUUGUGGAGUGGAUCCCCAACAACGUGAAGACGGCUGUGUGUGACAUUCCACCCCGCGGCCUGAAGAUGUCUGCCACCUUCAUUGGCAACAGUACGGCCAUCCAGGAGCUCUUCAAGCGCAUCUCUGAGCAGUUCACUGCCAUGUUCCGCCGUAAAGCUUUCCUCCACUGGUACACGGGUGAGGGCAUGGACGAGAUGGAGUUCACUGAGGCUGAGAGCAACAUGAAUGACUUGGUGUCGGAGUAUCAGCAGUACCAGGAUGCCACAGCUGAUGAACAAGGCGAGUUUGAGGAGGAAGAAGGCGACGAGGAUGCUUGAAGGUUUGGCACCUCCCCCUCCCCUUACUGUGGAAGCUGGCAGUGUUGUAGUUUUGUUCUCCUUUCGAUCUCUUGACACAUUGUGGUUUUAGUUGUAAAUCUUGUGAAUGUCUAACAUAGAAUUCUGGUAGGAAAGUUGCUGUGGAACCAUGUUGACAAUUGUGACACAUUCGACAGCAGAAGAUGUUUUCCAUUUGGCUAAUCACUGAUAAGAUUUUAAAAACGUGUCAAAUAAAGUUAGUUUUUUUUUAAAAUCAAUGAAAUUUCGAAGUGACACCUGGUUUGGAAUGCUUACUCGUUUGUACUACAUGAUUUCACUGUGUAAUAAAUGAACAAAGUCCUUGGACAUGUUCAUCAUCAGUAGGCUCUGCUACCUCCUGUCACCUACUGUGCACAGGAUCAGCAAUACCUUUAAAACAAGUUAACUUCCACCUCCAGCUUU